AUCAUUAGUUAGGAACUGCAUUGGACAUUAUCAAAAGUGGUAAAUGAAUACAGCGUCGAAAUAGGUGAUGUGAUUUCUAGUCACCAGAAAUGUAUGAUAAAGUUUUAUUUCAUUUAAUUUUUCGGAUAAAUAUUACCUCAACGUAAUUACUGUAAUCACAAUGGAUACAUUGCGAGCUCUUUUGUUCAUAUUGAGUUGCUGUGGAUAUUGUAAUACUGGUCUCACUCAGAGCUCGUCACUGGAUCCCAGUGGACCAAAUGUUUGUUCAUACAAACGUGCCUUUACAGAGUAUACAUCACGGACUGUAACGUACCUCUCACGAUGUAAACAUCAAUGGAGAGGCAUUGUCUACUGCACCAAGUCCAGACCAGAACUAACGUCGAAGACUAUAUUCAAGUUGGAGCUGGCCUGUUGUGAUGGUUGGCAAAGGGAGGGAAACAGCUGCUCAAAAAAAUGUCCAGAGGGAACUUACGGAACAAAUUGCGAAAAACGUUGUAAAUGCAUUUUGAAUUCAAAUUUCUUUUGCACCCCAAAUAAAGGACAGUGUUUCUGUAAGCCAGGUUGGACAGGGGAAAAGUGUAUGAUACCAUGUGAACCCGGCAAGUUCGGCAUGCAAUGCCGAGAGGACUGUCCUUGCCGAAACGGAGCAGGUUGUAACCCUGUCGAUGGAACAUGUUUCUGCCCGCCGGGAUGGGGUGGGCUGGAUUGCAGUAAACAGUGUCCACAUGGAUGGUAUGGACCCAAUUGUACUGAAAAAUGCUCUUGCGAGGGAGGUCUACUAUGCGACAGACGCAGUGGACGUUGCUGCGAGCGCACGUCCAAGUCCACACAGAAUCGAAUCUGCCCUGGAAAUUGCCCUGGCGCUGGACACCAUACAGCGGGGAAUGAGUGCGAACUGCAAUGUAAGUGCUCAAAUUCGUACACGUGUGAGCCGAUCAAUGGACUUUGUCAGUGUAAGAGUGGCUGGAAACCACCGUAUUGCCGUCAACCAUGCGAUCCUGGAACUUACGGCCUGAGUUGUGCUUAUAAAUGUGGAUGUUCAUUAAACGCCACGUGUGAUCUCCAAACCGGUUCAUGUGACACCCCUGUGACGGAGAGACAUAUUAAUGAGAUUGCCAUAGCAACUGUUGCCCUUAUUGGUUUAGUUAUUCUUGCUCUGUUGUCAUUAAUCGUAUGCAUUUGCUGCAGAAAAAGACGUAAACGGCUCAGUCGUUCGGGCACAACAAAAUGGCAUUGUACAUAUUUCACGGAACAGGCGGAGUUUAGCAAGUUCCCGUAUGAUGAAAACUACGAGAACACUAGUUUCACUUCAAGAACUCUAACCAGGUCUGUGGCGCCCAGCAAAACGUCUGCUCCAUCUCCCACUAUUUCGCAAUCUUCAAUCGAGAGGAAGCUUAGACAGAUGAAAGAAAAUUCUUCAUGCAACAGUGCGCUGGCCCAGCAGUUGAUACAGAAGGCCCAGGCACCGCAUCCACCCCAGCACCAGAUACCUCAAAAACACCAAGUCUCACCACAGUUCCAGGAACAAGUAAAACCCCAGAUACAGCAGGUACUGUAUACCAAACCGCCGUACGCAAGGGUCAGAAAGACGAAAAACAAAGGAAAAUUGGUCGAUGAGGUGGACAAUAAAGAAGUAAGCCUACAGAAUAACGAGCUCGAGGCGUCGUACCGAUCAUACAAACGGCGGCCAUCUUAUGAAAUGUGCCAGAAUGACAGCGAAACGAUAGAAUUUCGCAGACCAACGACUCCAAACAAGUCAGACUCACUAAGAAGUAACUACGAAAACAUCAGAAUGGAUCUCGAUACGUUAUCGAAUGGUAUGGUAAGUGAUACUAGUGAUGCCCCGGAUGUUUCCAGAGGAACAAUUCAAAUGAGCCAAUGUCCGGAUAUACUCAUAAACGGGGGCAUGAAUUUUGGCACCACUUGUGGGCAAAACUCUUUUACCAACGAUGGUGAGAGAAGGCUAAGUAACGGUAGUGAUAACAGUCGAAUUGUAGAUAACCAGAGCACGUAUGAUCGUGUUGACCGAUCAAAGAGGUCGUAUUCAGUUGGUCAAUGUAGUGAUAAUUAUGGUGCUCUGCGAUUUAAUUAUAAACACCAUGAUACUCUACCGGAUAAUCGAUCAUGGAUGAACAAGAGUGACGAUUAUACAACCAAAUCAUCAACAAAUCCACGGAAGAAAGUUCAAGCACCUAAACUACCUAAUAUGUUUCUGUCGAAGAAACCAUUCGAACAAAUGAACGAGCAAGUCUCAGUUUACGAAGCGUUGACGCCAAAAUUAAGUACAGAUCAUCAUGACUAUGAUCGCCUGGUGUAUCCUAACAAACGGCGCGGAAGACGAGCCAGUGAGGAUCUAGUUGCUGCGAGAAAACAACGUCUGAGAUUUCUACAACAGAUGGAUGAAAGAAAAGGCAGAAAAUUUAAUAUUACGCCUAGGAUUAUGAAAGAAAAGUGAAAUCCAAAUAUAUGGACUAUCGAUUAUGAAAACUGCUGAAGAAAGCUACGGUAUCAUUCUUUAUCAAUGCAUCGGAGGGAUAUGACCAUAUUGAGUUACAUACUGUUAGAUAAAGGCAUGAGACCUUCGAAAACUUUUUCAAAAAGUCGAGCUGGCUCAAGGGUUUCAUUAGUCUAGCAAAGUAUUGUACGUAGAAUGACUUAAUGAAUUAUAAUUGUAAUUAAAAAGGGAUAAACAUCCUUGUUAUUGUUUUCCUUGAAAGACCUUCAAUCAUUCGUAAUAGGCCUAUACUGACCACCUAGACUUAGAUAAUUACGUUUAUCCUAGAAAGAUAAACAUAGCAUCCCUAGCUACGGAUGUGUAAAAAAAAUAUUGUAAGAAAGACGAAAUAAUUAUAAGCCUUAUUAUCGUGAACUUUAUGUGGUUCUUCAUGGUAUUUCGUAGAAUCCUGUUGUUAAAGGUUCUCUUCAGUACCACGUAGCCGUAUUACUGUAAUUCGGUGAACAUGCGUAAGUAUUACAGUAUUAAGAAAUUUUGUCAAUAAAGAAAAAGGAUUCUCUAGCAUCUCUCUCCCCGUAUGGAUCAUGAUCCUAUAUUUAACAUGAUUAGUCUGAUGUACAUGACAUAGAGUUGACAAAACGUGGAGGUUAAAUCUGUGAGGCAAGAAGCUAAGCAUGUUUUAGUGAUUAUCAUAAGACACGAACAGGAAGGGAGAUUCUAUAUUAAAUCACAUUCAUAAUUGUAAUCCAUCUGUUAAGUUAGACAUUAGGACUAGGCCUAAUACACUUAGUUAUAAUAUAACCCAGAAGUAUCUCGUUCUCAGAUACAUGUUGCUUCUUUUUUUUUUUUUUAUAGUAGUUGUUGUUGUAGCAAGUUAAUCAUGCGCAACCAAUUAUAAAUCGUGGGCGUUUGAACUCUGAACUCCUAGAUUAACGUGUUUUAUUCCACUUGGGUUGUUGUCUAUAAAUAGGCCUAUUGGAUUUUUUUUUAAUUAUAUUUUUUGAGGUUUUGCUUUAGAAAAACAAUUAAUAACGGAAUAAUCUUAAAAACUGUACACUUUUUUAAGUAGAUCCACAUUCAUAUCUCACAUCUGCGUUCUUUAAAAAGAAUCGAUCAUAUUCGUCAAAGGAAAAAAUCCCAUUAAUUACAUAAUGAACGACUUGGCAUGGAAUAAGUUGACUGAUAGAUGGAAAGAACACCAACUAUACUGUUGCUUACAUUUAAUUGCCUCGGAGGAAUCGCCCCAUCUUACAGUAGCUCUCAGUGUAUUAGAAGUAAAUUACACAACACCUUGGUAGAGCAGAAAGGGAAGCUUGUACAAGGCAAGAGAACAUUUUUAUGCCGUGCAAUUAUAAGGCAUGGAGCGAACUCCCAAAACCAAAUAAGUAUGAAUUUUAAUAAUUUCAACUGACAACUUUUAAAGAUUUUGAUCAAUGUUAUUUAUAUUCGUUUCCACUGCAAAGUAGAUCCUGUUGAAGUAACUAUCAUGACAUUCGCUGUGCUCUAAUCAUUUAAAUAAUGUUUUUAAAUUAUAUAUAUAUAUAGGCCUAUAUAUUUAGGCCUAUAUAAAAUUUCAUUGCAAAUUAACAUACAUGAGAAAAAUGUUCACAUAGGCCAUUCAUAUUGAUGCCAACAACUUUCUUAGUAAAAAAAAUGUAAACAUUAGAAAAAUGAAUUGUUGAUAACUUAUUUGAUCUUUUUAAAUUAGAAAAUUUAAUGUUUUAACCGAAGUUCGAGGGCAUACCAAAUUGUAACAGCGGUUGUCUAUUUAUGAAACUGCACACUCAUAGCUUGUUCAUCCUCUAAAGAGGGCGUACUAUUUCAUACGCUUUAUGUUUCUGUUAUUAAUAUUAACAAAAUUAAUAAAAUUAGAUAAUAUUUUUAGUUAACACUUACUUACUGACUGUUUCAGUUUCUAUCAAUAAAUUUUAUAUAUUAUUUAUAUAUAAACUCAUUGCACACAUAUAUUUGCAUACUGUAUUUUUCAUCAAGAACGCUCUUCUAAAGGUUUUAUUUUAUUUGUGUUUUAAUUAAUGCAAUUAUUACAUUUUUACGACCAUUAUUGUUUUUUUAAUUUGGCAGUUAUACAUAAUACCGAGUGUUACUCUGUAUAUUACAAGUAUGUGCUAUUAUAUUUCAACUGCACAUCCAACAGCAAGUAUUUAUGGCGCUCUUCAAACAAACUUUCAGUAUAAUGCUUAUGCUAUAAAUUUGGUUUAGCCAUGAGAAAAAUCAUCUUGGGAUUUUACAAGACUUAACCCCAGGACCGUAAGAUGAUCCCCAGCCUACAUCUUUGUCAAUAAUGUAGAUGAUACUCAUCAUGUCUUCGAUUUCUCCUGGUCUCCUAACAAAAUUUUUGAACUGAAAUUUUACUCUGUUUGCUCGCCUUCCUCUACCAUCAUACAACCUGCCAUAAAUUGUUAGAAAUUAUUUGUGUCAUUAAUUUUGUAUAAUGUAUUGGUGGCGAAUCUAGGGGUGUGCGCACACCCCUCCAAAAAAAAAAGUUCGAAGCAAAAAAAGUCACGCUAAAGUAAUUAAAUAUCACCUAUAUUUGUGGGCUAGCGCCCCUCACGUAUUCAUAGAGCCUCCGACUUCAUCUCCCCCAUCACCCCUA